AUGCAAAUUUUUGUGAAAACGCUAACUGGGAAAACGAUUACACUGGAUGUGGAAUCAUCGGAUACUAUUGAUAAUGUGAAAGCGAAAAUUCAAGAUAAGGAAGGGAUACCUCCUGACCAACAACGGCUUAUUUUUUCAGGGAAGCAAUUGGAAGAUGGUAGGACAUUGGCUGAUUAUAAUAUUCAGAAGGAAUCGACGCUUCACCUUGUCUUGAGACUUAGAGGAGGGAUGCAAGUUAUUGUUUCUACGUUGGUAGGCAAAAAAGUUACCUUUAAUGUUGAUCCUUUAGACAUGGUUGAUAGACUCAAGGCUUUGAUUGAAGAAAGUCAACAUGUGCCUGCUGAUCAACAAAAAAUUGCGUUUGGUGGAGAAUUACUACAAAAUGGAAGAAGCCUGGCUUCAUAUAACAUAAUGGAAGGCUCAAGGCUUUUCAUGUUAAUUAGUUGCCAUAUUGACGAAUAA